UCCGCGGUUGGGAACUAGAGAAAUACAAACAAGAUGGCGUUUGACCCAGAAGGCGUUUUUGUGGUUAUUAUAGUUUAUUGAUCUUAAUCGGAACGCACAUGCACACAUAUAUGUCGUUCAAAUAGAAUACACGUCGUUAGUAAUUGUUUUUGGAUACAUUUAUGGCACAUCGUGGUAGCUUAGAUGGCUAGUUAGCUUAGCUUGUUAGCUGCUAACGAAGACAAGCGGAAGUGAUCAAAACACAUCGCUGAGUGUAAAGUGUUGUGAUUGUGUGCAAAAUGUGCGAAAGAACGAUAGCAGAGUACCAGGAGCAACUUUGUCCAACAAGAGAGGAGAACGAGUGUGUUGUUUUCAAGGAGGCUAAUGUUGUGUUACACCCAGCAGACAUCCAGCCACCGAUGAGAUGUCGAGCGGAAUCUCUCUCUCUUUCGCACGGAGGAAGCUUUAAUUGGAAGCGGGAGGACCCACGGCCCCCCCAUUUUAAACUGGAAGAGAACGACCCACAGUACCCCCGUGUUAAGGAGGAAGAGGAGGAUCUCCGGAUCCCUCAGGAGGAAGAGUGUCUUCUAGGGCAGGAGGAGGCUGAUCUCAGCAAGUUUCCACUGACUGUUGUCUCUGUGAAGACUGAAGAGCAUGAAGACAAACCACCUGAGUCCUCACAGCUUCAUCACAGUCCAAACGUCCAGCGGCUGCUUUGUCAUCAAGAGGAACCCCCCGCUGAUUUGCUGGAGGGGAGCGCCACUUUGAAGCAGGAGGAUCCACAGCCCGCCCACUUUAAAGAGGAAGAUGAGAAACUCUGGUUUGCUCAGGAGGGAGAAUGUCCUGUAGGGCAGGAGGAGGAUGAUCUCACAAAGUUUCCUCUGACUUUUGUCUCUGUGAAGACUGAAGACCACGAAGAGAAACCACCUGAGUCCUCACACCUUCAACACGGUCCAAGUGAGGAGAAGAGAGAUGUGGAACCUUCAAGCAGCAGCUCAACUCAACACAUGACAACAGAAGCUGAUGGAGACCACUGUGGAGGAUCACAAGCAGACAAGCUCUUAGCUCCACUAUCAGAUAGUGAGGACACAACGUCACACGUUAAUGUAAAAAUGGAAUUACACAUGAGAACACAGACAAGACUAAAACCUUUCAGUUGCUCUGUUUGCAGUAAAAGAUUCUCUGUCAAAAGUAACAUGAAGUCACACAUGAAAACACACACUGGAGAAAAACCCUUUGGUUGUUCUGUUUGCACAAAAAGGUUUGUCGAAAAAUCCAAUUUGACUCGACAUGUGAGAACACACACCGGAGAAAAACCUUUCAGCUGCCCAGUUUGCGGUAAGGCAUACUCUAAAAAAUGUAACAUGCAAACACACAUGAGAACGCACACCGGAGAGAAACCUUUCAGUUGUUCCGUUUGUGGCAAACGAUUCUCCAACAAACUUAAUAUGCAAAUACAUUUCAGAACGCACACCGGGGAAAAACCUUUCAGUUGUUCGAUCUGCGGUCAGAGAUUCUCUGCCAAAAAUAUCAGGCAGAGACAUAUGAUGACACACACAGGAGAAACCCGCCAUAGUUGUUCAUUUUGUGCAAAAGGCUUCGUUAAAAACGCUGAUUUGACAAGGCACAUGCGGACACACACAGGAGAAAAACCUUUCACUUGUUCGGUUUGUUGUAAAAGAUUCUCUGACAAAGGUCGUAUGAAAAUACACAUGAGAACACACGCAGCAGAACAACGCUUUCGUUGUUCGGUGUGUGGCAGAAGACUUACUGACAAAUUUAGUCUGCAAACACACAUGAGGACGCACACGGGAGAAAAACCUUUCAGUUGUUCGGUGUGCGGUAGAACAUUCUCUGACAAAUACAACAUGCAAACACACAUGAGAACGCACACAGGAGAAAAACCUUUCUGUUGUUCAGUGUGCGGUAAAAGAUUCUCCAGCAAACAGAAUAUGCAGAUACACACGAGGAGUCAUACAGGAGAAAAACCUUUCAGCUGUUCGGCGUGCGCUAAGAGAUUCUCUGACAAAAGUAGCAUGCAAAGACACAAGAGAACACAUACAGGAGAAUAGUGUUUCCUUUUUUGGAAGUCCUCUUUGAAUGGGCCCAAUAGUCACUAAAGGUUUUUUACAGGGCUUCCCUAAAAUCCAGUUUAGCCAGUCAGGACCGGGUCAGCACUCCUAAUGUCAUCAAUUCCAAAACACUAUCAGGUAUCUUUGAAGCACUGGUUCAAAAUAAACCAAUAAAUGUUGUGUCAAUGUUAA